AUGGAGCCCAACCUCACCGCCGGCGGGGCAGGCAACGCGUCCGGCCGGGCGGCGGGCUCGGGCGGCGGCGGCAGCGAGCUGCUCAUCACCUCCGCCUUCGGCACGGUGCUGUCCUGCAUGUGCGUGGCCGGGGUGGCGGGGAACCUGUACACCCUGGCGGUGAUGUGCCAGUCCGCGCGCUGCGCUGCCCCCAUGUACAGCUCCAUCAUCAGCCUGGCGCUGGCCGACCUGCUCUACCUCUCCACCAUCCCCUUCAUCGUCUGCACCUACCUGGCGCAGGACUGGUACUUCGGGGACCUGGGCUGCCGCGUCCUGCUCAGCCUGGACCUGCUCACCAUGCACGCCAGCAUCUUCACCCUCACCCUCAUGUGCGCCGAGCGCUACCUGGCCGUCACCCGGCCCCUGGACAGCCUCAAGCGCUCCCGGGGCUACCGCAAAGCCACGGCCGGGGCCGUGUGGUCCGUCUCCCUGCUGCUCACCCUGCCCAUGAUGCUGAUGGUCACGCUGACCGAGGCGGGCCAGGCCGGGGGCAAGGUGAAGCGGAUGUGCGCCCCGACGUGGAGCGCCGACGCCUACAGGACCUACCUGACCGUGCUGUUCAGCACCAGCAUCAUGGCCCCGGGGGUGAUCAUCGGCUACCUGUACACGCGCCUGGCCAGGACCUACCUGGAGUCCCAGAGGAACCCGCCCCACAAGGAGGGCAAGAGGUCCCCCAGGCAGAAGGUGCUGAUCAUGGUCUUCAGCAUCGUGCUGGUCUUCUGGGCUUGCUUCCUGCCCUUCUGGGUCUGGCAGCUGGUGCGCCUCUACCACAGCUCCCUGCAGCUGACUUCGCAGACCCAAAAGUGCAUUAACUACCUGGUGACCUGCCUGACCUACAGCAACAGCUGCAUCAACCCCUUCCUCUACACCCUGCUCACCAAGAACUACCGGGAGUACCUGCGCAACAGGCACCGCAGCUUCUACCGCUUCACCUCCUCCUUCCGCAAGCGGAGCUCCAACCUGCAGUGCUCCUGGGGAAGGGCCACGUCCUCCAGCAACCAGUAUGACUACGGCUCGGAGUCCCUGGGCAUGGCAGCGCUGAAGGACAAGUGA